AUGUCGUUCUUACAGAUACCGUACAGAGAGGCGCGAGAUGGGUUCUGGGGAGAGCAGACCUCGACGCUCAACUGGUGCGAAGAGGAUUACAACAUAACGAAGUAUUGUGCCGAAUUCGUCAACACUGUGACCAAUGUCAUGUUCCUUUGGCUUGGCAGCAAGGGUAUCCGCGACUGCCUCACCUACCCAUACUCGACUGUUUUUAUCGUAGGGUUUAUUGGGUACAUGGUGGUUGGCAUGGGCUCCAUAGCAUUUCACACGACCCUCAAGUAUUCCAUGCAACUCGCGGAUGAGUUGCCCAUGAUCUAUUCCACAUGUAUCAUGGGCUUCACGACGUUCUCACACGGCAAGUCGCGCAAGGUUGCUACCUUUAUCGGUCUGGGAUUUUUCAGCUUUGCGGUGGCAGUCACUGCCAUCUACUGGAUCACUAAAGACCCUAGCUUCCACCAGGCAGCAUACGCCCUGGUCACCGUGACGCUUGUGUUUCGCAAGAUCUAUGACCAAGAAACCGUGCUCAAACCGGCGCUUAGAGCUCGAAACCCUGCAAGAGCCGAUCAAUUGAUGAAGGAAUUGCGGUUGAUCUCGUUGAGUGGAGCCGUGAUCUUCCUGACUGGCUACGGUAUUUGGUGGCUCGAUAACUUGUAUUGCCAUAACCUGCGGGCUUGGCGAUCCGUCAUACUCCUCCCUUGGGCAGUCAUACUGGAAGGACACGCGUGGUGGCAUCUAUUCACAGGUCUAGGUGCUUACUACUUUAUCGUAUGGCAUAUCUGGGCGCGAUUCCUGGAGGAGAGUAGGGAAAACGACUACCAGCUACAAUGGCCAUCGAUCUUUACAUCCGUUCCCCGAGUCGUCCCCGUUCGCCACGACGCCUCAGACAAGGCGAGAAAGACGAAGCUGGCUAACUCUGGUGUCCCCGACCGCCAGCUGGUGAUGGAGAUUGAGACGCAAGCCAUCCAGGCGCAGCAGCAGAUCUCCCUCGUGCGGACGCAGAUGGCCUCCAAGCAGCGGGAGAUGCGGCUGGCGCAGCUCACGCGCAGCGAGAUGGCGGCGCUCCCGCCGCAGACGGCGGUCUACGAAGGGGUGGGCAAGAUGUUCGUCGCGGUCCCGGGCAGGGAGCUGGACGGCAAGCUGGAGAAGCAGGUCAGGGCGGCGGAGACGGAGAUCGAGGGCCUGGGCAAGAAGCUGCACUACCUGGAGACGACGGCCAAGAACAGCCAGGCGCACAUCGAGCAGAUGCUCAAGGGGGCGGCCGCGUGA